AAAAAAUAUAAAAUCUACAUUUUGAUGAAUUCGUAAAAUUUUUGAUUUUAUAAUUUCAGUUUUCCUUUCUUAAUUUACAUCCAGAAAUUUUGAUUUUAUUGCGUUUCUCAUAGAUUCUAAGUUAGGAACUCGUAUUUUCAGACUUGACAAAUUUUUGCAUUCCAAAAGAGAAGGUCCAUAUUAAGAUCUCGUCAAGAUCAAGAUGAAACACGAUCAAGAAACUUCCAAAAGAGAAGCACCAUAUUAGGAUCUCUUCAAGAUCAAGAUGAAACACGAUCAAGAAGCAAAGAGGCGCAGCUAUCAUCUCUCCUCGUGAUCCUCAUUUAUGUGGAAAGAUCAGGAAGAUCUGCUCGCCAAGAAGAAAUCCAAGUCGUAGAACAAUGGAGAUUUCUGUCCUAGAAGUGGUGACUCUGUCAUGUUGGAAGUCGCUGUCGUAGUGCUGACAAUAUAGAUCUCUGUCGUACGGGUGACUGAGACUGUCCUACUUGUUCUACGUCCGUUGAUCAUUCUGCCGCUUCCUCUUCUAACUACGCCAGGCUUUGUAGUCAACCAUCCAAAAACAUCUUCACGGGUGGCAAAAAGGUAAGAGUUCAUAUUUAGAUCCCCCACUAAGAUCAUGAAGAAGCUGAUCCUGAUAGUCUAUUCCACUACCUGAUCCUUUCUAACAUAUAUUAUAGAGUGAGCGACAUCGACAUCAUGCGUAUCUUCAUCAAACACCAGCCAGGAAACAAUUUGAAAGCGCUUUCUCUUCAUCGAUCGGGCGAUCCUUUCUAGAACAAACUAACUGAAGACCAUUUCUGGUUUUUCUUGCCUUUUACCAGAAACUACCCAAAAGCAACAUCAAGUAAGAAGUAAGAAUCUAUCUUGUGAUACAUCUCACUUUUACUAGAACAACUCGCUUUUCUCGAGAGUCGUUUUCUUGUUGCGUAUUUUGAUUCAACACCCAUAGUGCUUGCGUAGCGGAUAACCUCCUCGCAAACAUACUUUUUUUCCUGAAAGAACAAGCAAACGUAUUAACCUCCUCAAUAUCGUAGGUAUUGAUAUACGAACAGAAACAAAAAGAGGCAAGAUGAUGUCGUCGCGUUUUUUUCAAAAAGAGAUGCUCUCUGACGGUCCUCACCGCGCUGGCGUUGGUACGCUUGGGCGCGGUUCUUUCGUGAUCUUCUUCUUGCUUGCCAACAUGAUCAGUGGAGGGGAAGCCUCCUCUCUAUUGCACUCCUUCCGUAGUCGGCUUUCCGGUUACAGCGGCUUGCAGCAAGAGCUAGAUGGGCAGGACUUUGUGAAGUUGAUUAAAGACGAAAUCCUUCGACAGAAGGGUCGGAAGACAUUUGUGUAUUUGGAUAUCGGGAUGGACAAGCACGGUGCUGCAAGUGCAGCAGGAGCAGACGAUGCAAAUGGAAGUGCAGAAUCUUCUGGAAGUUCUCCUGCGCCUGGAGGACCCUUCUUGGACACAAAAAAAUCUAUGGAGAUUCUCGAACGGUUGGUACCAUUGUUGCAAUCGGAAGUCCGAGGACCGGACUCGGAAAAACCCAAGUGGGGCAACGUAGUUUUUCUUGUCGGAGGCGAGCACUCAAUUGUCGUCAAGAGAGAGACUCAUGUUGAUCCGCUGAAGAGUAAACCGGAUGCUUAUAAUACCCACUACUACGAUUCAAGCAGAGAGCCUGCACCCGUAUCCAAUAAUGGUGUGCAGGACAGACGUGAUGUUGGGCCUAUGUAUUUUUUUUUUGACUAUGGCGUGGAAAACGACACACGAUGUGCGCCUUAUGCCCGAACUGGAGGUUGGCAGCUACCUGCGGCCGACAUUGUAGCUCUUGCAACUAGCCUAAGCGAUGUCAUCGUGAAGGUCGGCGUCGGUUACAGCUCGACCGUUGACGAGGCUCCUCAAGCAGAUAAACUCCAUGUCGCGCUUCAGCUGCAGGGUAAGGAGGCCACUGCAGAAACUGUAGUGGAAUUUGAAGAUUUAGAAAAUAUGCAGACGGGGGUAGUGCCGCACCUACAGACGAUGAUAUUGAACGCGCACAAUAAGAUUCAUCGAAAUAAGGGUAACUGGUUCACGCGGCAGCUCGUCAAGUAGCACCCCUAGUAAGUCAAAAGACGACUGAAAAGCCUAAUGGUAACUGGAGAUUGAGGCAGCUGACGGAUAAAAUUACUAAGUAGAAUUAUGAGAAGCUUAUCGAGAUGAUACUGAGUGCCGUUUUUGGCGUUUUGGACAAUGGCGGGCGCCAGGAAGCUGGCAAAUGUUGUACUGUUACUAUAAUUUUUAUUUCUAUUUGAGAAUGUAUAUGUUGCAUUAACAUCGGGCAGCCAUCGUCGAUCUCGAUUGGUGGGUUCAUUCUUUCAGGUCGUUGAAGAUGUCAAGACCCGUACUGACAAUGGCGAGUCAAUGCAUAGCAUUGCGCUUGUGCCAUAGAACAGAAGUGCCACCAACAAAGCUACUUGAAGUUGAGACAUACCAUAGAUAGUAGAAAAAAUAGGAAGGAUACACCAGUACGAAUACCAGAGGCAGAGGUGGACCACAACGCAAUUGAUUCCAGCAUACUGAUUAUCGGCGGCCUCAAUUGAUGCCCUUGUGGCAGUCUGCACUGAACUUUGUGCGAGAUAGAUUGUAUUGUAUUGUAUUGCAUUGAGUCGUCUUUCGUAUUCUUCGAUAAAUAGAGAAAGCAUGAGGCAAAAUGCAAAGCAGAAGAAGACGAAGAGCUGCAAUUGCAAUAGGAAUUAAUCUAAAUCCUAAGUCCAAACUUAACGUUAAGGUUAACCCGUGAAUUCUGGGUAAUAUAAGUAUCGUCAUCAUAUUGCUAUUGGGCAUCGAUUUCGAUUGGCGCGUUUAUUCUUCAGAAGACGCUUUGGAUUAAACACUUCUACCUUGGUAGUUCAGACGAUGCUGGUCCUCUCGUUCGCAUUUAAACGGUCAAAAAUGAUUUUUAUAGUUGAAAUUGAACAGAAGCAGAACAAGAAAAAGCAGCACAGGUGGGUACAGA